UCCAGAUCUUCGAGACAACAAGCAGCCGGUUAGCGAAAGUUAGCAGUUACGGUAGCUUCAGAAGCGGGUUAUACCCAACGUUUAAACAGUAGCCGUUCGUUGUCGCUCGGUUGGCUAACUAACGUGCAUAUUGACAUAGCGGAACAUGUGCAUUGCUCAGGGGAGGUUUGCUUUUCAUCGUUUGGAAUCACUUAGCUGAGCUAACGGGUUAGCUAGCCUCACUGCGUUGUCACCCAAACAUGCUCGGCUCUUCUUGAAACGCAAAGCGUUGCUUGAAAACACAGUGGAGUACCUUCGUAGCAACCUAACAGAAGCUCCAUCAUGUCCAUUGACUUUGACAGUGCUGCUCUUCAAACCCAACACGAUGAAGAGGAGUACGACCAGGAGGACUACGCAAGGGAGCAAGAGCUGCACAAAUUGCUAACAGACCUGCCAGAUGACAUGCUGGAGGACAGCCAAGACUCCUCCUCUCCAGAGCUCGAGUACUCCACCUGCAGCAAUAAAAACCCUGGAAACAGUCCGCAGUGGAAUCACCAAUGGUCAGACAGACAGAAGCCCAUCUCUAACGACCAGAACUUUCCUGCUGAGUACAGUCAAGCCCCGGGCCCAUAUCCCUAUAGAGAUGAAGGGGCUCCACUUGGCGGGAUUAAUUCUCACCCUCACACAAAAACACUGCCUCCGACCUGGAACCAUCAGUCACAGGGUCAACGAUUCAUCCACACCAGUGCAGACAAAUCCAUUUUGUCGAACGACUUCUCAACAGAUGAGACAUAUGAGUCUCAUACUUAUCCUGUUGUCAGCAGCAACCAAGGGGUCUUUAAUAGAGAUGAAGGACGUGGAGAAGACUGUGGGGAUCAAAUUCAGCAGAUGAACGCAGGUGAUGGGGACAGAGGCUCAGAUCAAUACAAGGCCAGCUACAACUCUCGCCACCCUGCUCACCAAGCAUUUAAUUCCCAGGAACAGCAAUUGGACCAUUUACAGAGAGAAUUCCUUGACUCAACGCAAAAAACCGCAGAAAAAGAGCAGCUUGCCCAGCUGAAGAUUUUAAACCAAGCUCAACAAAGACAAAUUAAAGAUAUGGAGCAAAAAAUGGAGGACUCUAUGCGAAGCCAUAGAUACCUGGAGCAUCAGUACACAAUGAUUAAAGAUGACAGAGAUGGACUUGCAGCCAGUCUUAAAGAAUCAAGUCGACUCGUUCAAGAGUACAAGGAAAGAGAGCUCAAGAUGCAAAAAAUACUGAAAACAAUGGAGCAACAAAUUCAAACUUUGGAUGAAAGAGAUCAGGAGCAUGUUGAGAAGCAAAGGGUCGCUGAGGCAGCAGUCGACAGCCUUAAGCAGCAGAUGCUGGAGAUGUGUCGCUCUGACACGCUUUCAAGAUCACGGGAGCAGCACAAUCGAGACAUGGAGGUCUUGAAAGAGCAGCAUGAAAUGGCACUGUUAAACUUGGAGCAGAAGCUGGACUCAACCUCUCAUGCUCUAAAGGAGCAGAGUGAAAUUGCUCAGCGUCUGCGUGAGCAGGUGAAGCAUACUGAGCGUCAAAGGGAAGAGGAUCAGCUCGACAGAGCCAAAGUUGUUAAUACACUGAGUCAGCGCCUGGAAGAGAGUCAACAACAAUGUGCCAAACUGCUGCAGACAAGUUCUGUGCAGGACAUGAGUCAACUGCAAAUCAAACUCCAGCAGGCUCUGUCAGCGAAGGUACUCAGUGAUAACAUGAAUAGAGUCUUACAGGAGGAUCUGGCUGAUUUGAAGGAACAGAUAACCAUGUAUGAGUCUGCUGUAAAACAUGGUGUCCUUUCAUUUGAGACAAAUGAUGACUGGGAGAACCAGCUGUCGGAAUCCUGCUCAGAUCUGGGAUUAAAGAAAACUAACUGGAAAAACACCAAUCUUCACAGUACUGCUCUGGCCAAUCUUCAGGACUCCAAGCUACCAAAAGAUGAUGCUAUACGGCUUCUCCGUGGUGAGAUGCAGCGGUGCCUGGCCCAUUUGAAGGGAAAACGGGUGAGACUCAGCCAACUGCAGGAAGAUCUCCAGCGCUCUCAGGCACAAGCAGCAGAGCUACAAACCAAAUUAGAAGAAGCCAAACUUUGCUCCUCAGUGAGUACCUGUGUCAGAGAAACCAGCCAGACGGAGCAACAUCAACUGAGUGGACAGUCGCAAAAUGAGUUAUUGAAGCUACAGGAAGACAAGAGGAACUUGCAGGAGCAAGUGGAGUUGCUCAAGAAGAAAAUCAUUGAGCUCAAACAGAGUGAGGACAAAGUCCGUGGUGCAAACGCUGAAUUGUGCACCAAGAUGAGGGAGAUGAUCCAAGAGCUGGACCAAGAGAAGCAAGAGGCGGCUCAAAGAUCCGAGCGCAUUCAUCAGCAGUUCAGAGAUGAUGUGGUGAACAAAGUGAAAUCAGAGCUCAUGCAGGAACACGACUCUCAAAUGCAAAUGCUGAGAGCUCAACAUGAUCAGGCCAUUCAACAGAUGCAAACACAGCUUUCUGAUGCCAAUGACAAGAUGUCUGCUGUCCAAGAGUGUUACAUAUCUGUCUGCAAGGAGAAGGACAUGCUGGAGGAGAGCCUGCGGAACCAAGAGGAGGAGGGAAGGAUGAUGAAAGAAACGGAGAAGAAGUUGAGGGAGGGAAGACGAGCAUCAUUUGACAAACUGAAGACAGAGCUUGAGGCUCAACAUCAGGCCACAUUAUUGGAGCUUAAAUCUCUCUGGACCAGGGAGAAGGAGACUGAGAUCCAGAAGCAGGUGGACUCUCAUGUAGACUCUGCUGAAGCCAGGUGGAAUGAGGAAAGGCUCCAGUUGGAGAGAACCUGGUCACAGCGUCUGGAGGAGGCCAGCAGAGACAAACAUUCCCCACUAACCAUGGAUGGAAGCAGUCAAACAGACGAGGUGAAGGGAAACAGUGUGACCAUAACAGUUGAGGAGCUUGAGUCAAAACUCUUGGCCCAGAAACUGCGCCUGCAACAGGAAGCUGACAAAGUGAAAUGUAAAGCUGUAAAUGAAGCACGAAAACAAGUGGAGAGAGAGGUUCAUGAGAAAAACUUGGAGGAGAUGGCCAAACAGGUAGAGGGAGCAGUGACUCGUGCUUACAAUCGCUGGAUUGAGGAUUUGACUUCCUUACCCGAGUAUCAGAGCUGUUUGGAGGCAGAACGGGAUAAGUGGGAAGAACUGAGUACAAUACAAACAGCACAGAAGGUAUCGCUGGCAGUCAGAGAAGCAGAGGAAAGGUGGCGCCAGAGGAGAAGCAUUAACCCAAAAGAGCAAAGCUCUGAAUCUCAGGUGGUUGUUGAUCUUCAAGAAGAGAUUGCAAAACUCCAGGACCAGCUAGAAAAGAUGAGGAAGGAACAAGAGGCUCUGCUGAAGGCUGAGCUGGCUGGAGCGAGAGCAGCCUGGAACCAGAAUAAACAGCAAGAGAUCUCCAACAUCCGACUCCGCUGUGAGCAGGUUUACCAGAGCAGGCUUCAGGAGCAGCAGAAAAAGCUGCAGGAAGCUUUGCAGAAAGCUACAGAAGAAGCCAAGCUCCAGCAGAAGGAGCUGCUGCUCCAGUUAGAGACCAAGUUUCGGCAGACAACUCUAGUCAGAGAGGAGGAAUGGAAAUGUCAGCAAGUGAAGAAGGAACAAGAUCUAAGACAACAAAUAGAGGAGGAGUUCUUGAGGAAGCUCCGGUCUGCUCUGGUAGAAGUUCAGAUGCAUAUUGUCAGAGAGCCUAAUGAUGAGGUUCCUGAUGAAAGUAGAACCAGCAUAUCUGGAGGGAGCAUAUGCGACAUAGUCCAUGUGUCCUGCAAAAAACUGGUCGACAGAGCAGUUUCCCAGGCAAAGAAGGAGUGGAAGAGGAUAAAUGAGGAGCGGUUGAGUCACGUCCUAAAAGAGACUCAGCAGCAACAUGAAAGAGAAAUCAACCAAAUAGAAAGUUCUGUGGUCCAGAGGGAGCAGGCCCGCUGUCGGAAGGAGUGUGUUGAGACAGCCAAGAAGCUUCACAGGAAAAACCAGGAGCUCCAGAAACACCUAGCAAAAGCUUGUCGUCAACUCCAGCAGACUGUCCGAGAUCACAAAACUACAGUGCAGAAGCUCAAAGAUGAGCAUGAAAGCAGCUUAGAAAAGUUGCGGGAUGAACAUCUCCAGCAGCUUGAGGAAGCAAAGCGUCAACAAGAAACUUCAGGGGCUUCAGAAUUACAAAGACUUCAGCAAAGCCUUGAAGAGAAGAAGCAGCAGUACUUGAGGACUGUGGAGAAAAUCAGAGGAGACAUGGCGCGUUACCUUCAGGAGAGUCGCGAGCGAGCAGAAGAGAUGUUACAGAAGGAGAGACACGACGCGGCCCGCCAGAUGAGGCACUACUACCUGAGCUGUGUGCAGGAGCUACUGGAGGACGGAGGGAAGGCGACAGGGGCAGAGAAGAAAAUAAUGAAUGCUGCCAGCAAGCUCGCAGCCAUGGCCAAAAUACUGGAGACGCCUCUCAAGAGUAAGUCUGGGAAGAACUGCUGCUUGACAAUUCCUGACUUCCCUGAUGAUGGGAACAUAGGAUUACCAAAAAGCAUCUCCACACAACUGGGUCUUUUGGACACCCGGGCACAGGUCGUCCAGGACAAGCAGAAUCCUCUGAAGCAGCAACAGAGUUCUACAUCUGAGAGUGGGAUCUCAGCUGAAACAGGAAGUAAAUCCCAGGCCUCCUCUUACACGCAGCUCCUCAAAACUUCCCCCAGUGUCGCACUGAAGAGUAAAAGUAGAAGCAGACUAACAUACAGGUCAGGAGGUCAAGCCUUCCUCACCCAGGAGCUUCCUGUUAGAGAUAACAAACACACGGACUGGAGCGCAAGCAGCAGUGACUCGGACCCCAAUAUCCGACUUCCCAGACCGCCUCUCUACGGAAGGAAUGUAGACCCUGUCAGGCCUUUUUCAUUGUCCACUGCGUCUGCUGCUGACUUCCGAGAGAUGGGUGAUCUAACGUCAAACUCCUCUGACCUGACUGUUUACAAAGACUUCAUGGAGAAGAUGGCUCAGACCCAAACUCAUCCCAAAGCAAUGGGGAGCUUGCACAGAGAGCCCACUCCCGGUUCUGAGGCUGAGCGGCAGCAGGCUGUUGACUCUAGACCUCAGUUUUCCGAGCUGAGGCGAUGCCAGCAGCAGGACAGCGGAUUUGACAGUCCAGUGUAUCACAAAAAAUAGUUCCACUGAAGUGAUUUUCAGAUUCACAUGGUGCCUUGACUCAAGUGUAUAUGGUUUACAUGUUAAACAGCCUCUAUGGAUGGUUCGUGUGUAUGUGCGUGCGCCCAGAACAGAAGGAUUUCAACCAGAUUUCUCUUUGGAUCACCUUAUUCUGGAAGUUUUUUUUUUUCUAUAAUCCCAAAAAUGUGCUGCAGUAUCUGUUUCUGCUGAGGACAUUUUGAGGAGAGAAUAGCUGCAAAUGUUUGGCUUGUUGACGGACUAUUUUUAUAUUUUUGUUAUGUUUUUAUAACGUGCUGUUGUCACAGUGUACACGUGUGUAACG